GGUUAACUGCCCAGUCCUGUGUUGUGCAAUAUCACUCUUUGCUGUUUAACCCCUCCAGUUGAUUAAACUAAUCUAGCAUAAACUUCAUUGUGUAACACUACCUAUUUGUGUUGGGUAGUGUUACACAGACUUAUUUUGGUACUGAACUAUGUAGCUUGUACUGUAGCAAGCUAAAUGAUUCAGGUUCUAAUUUAAUAUACUGGAAUUUGAAUUAUCCUAGUAAUGUCAGUUGAAUUCCAGUUAAGGAUCAGUAUUGUAUAGCUAUGUUUGGUCACAUGAGGAAUAUUGCUUUUAUGUUUUGGAUACAUGCCAUAUUCAUACGUGUCAAAUAUAGAAGGUUUAAAGUAGUAGGUCACAUUUUAAACUAACUAGGUUAUAGCAUUUAAUUUGCCUGUCAAAGUUAUUCAUGUUUCUAUAAAGUGCUACUGCUUUUCCAAUUUAAAAAUACCUUUAAUUUUAGUGUGUGUAAUGCAAAAUCCUAAUCAUCAAUACGCUGGUUAUUGACCUAGAAAAUGAUACCAAGAAUUUGACCUAAAGGUAAUCUUAUAUAGAAUGUAGGUAAUUCAAUGUGUUGUACUACAGUAGGAGCCUGCUCAAGUGUGUGUGUGUGGUUGUUUAUUUUUUUGGAGCUGGGUCAGUUUCAAGGACUCCAAACACACUUCCUUUGUUUGUAAAUAUGCUUUCCUUCCACAGCACUGAGCAUGUGCAGUGCCCCUAGCAACUACAAGUAACCGGGACAGAGAGAGUAAACAUAUGCAAUUGACAUAGAAGACAAUAUGCCCAAUAAGCACAGAUUAGUAGGUAUCUCAUAAUAUAAAAAAUAUGAUAUAGAAGGACAGGCUUCUGCGGUCAACAGCUUCUGAAAAAAAUCCAGAAAUGUUGAGAUCAUCAAAAAAGAAAGUUACUUUCAUUGAACAGACACCUCCCUGCAGAACAAAUAUAGCUUCCAGGCAGCCUCACACCCAUGUCCUUCAAUCCUACUUCCCAGUCAUCGUCAAGCAUCUGUCAGUGUCUCCACUUUCCUACAGGAGCCUAAAAGAGAAAGGAGUGCUAACCACUGAACAAAUAGGACAGAUUGAGCUAGAAGACUCACCAGAGCUCAAAGUUGUAAAACUACUUGACGUUGUUAAGAAUGCAGAGCUCCCAGUCUUUGAUUCAUUUUGCUUGGUGCUUGGUGAAAUGGGAUUCUGGUACCUAGCUCAAACACUGCAGGCUGCUACCAAAGAUAAAGAUGCGUCGUCUUCACCAGGCAAAGUGAGCGACGGAAAUAAUGUUUUGAAGGAAGUGCUUCUACUUCCUAAGGAUGAUUCAGCUGUGAAAGAAGAUAAUGUGAGGCUAAGAAGAAAAGUUCAGUAUCUAAAAAAUGAAUAUACAAAGAGAUUAAAGGACCUUGAAGAGGACCUGGCCUUGGUAAGAGAGGAGCGAGACGCAGCGGUGAGACAGAGAGGCGAGACGAGGCAGCAGAACGAGGAGCUGCGAGCUCUCAACACAGAGAUGAGGGCUCUGAUUACAAAACUGCGCAGCUCAGACCCGGAGCGCACCACAGUGAAGGAUGUGGGACACAGCAUGGAUCUUCAUCCCACACCAAUCACCCGUUCGCACAGAAAAACUAAGCUCGGAUUUUUCCUUGGUUGACAACGAAAACAUUGAAAGUGCUAUCAAGCAAAUGUUUGUUUAUACUCUUUGCAUCCUCCGUUUUCCUCCAUGACUUGUUUGCUUCACUGUGAACAAAACACUGAGGACAGUGAUUCAAGUUGCUACUGCUCUGUAACACUUCCUUAUGGUUUUAAAAACAUUAAAUAAUUAGUGGACCAGUUGUCAGUAUGGUUGUCAACAGCGACAAAAGGCAACUUUUCUGUUAAGGUGUUAACAUUAAAAAACUAAAAUUGUAGCAAAAGUAGGGUCAUCAUUGCAUUCAAUUUUGUGAAAAGGCUGUGUUUUGCCAAAACCCCUUGCUACCAUAUUAACCCAUUUGAUGUAUUCAACUUCACCCGUUCCCCAUUUAGUAGCACCUUUGGUUUGCUUCAAUGCCGCACCACUCUGUAAUCAGGCUGCAGUAAAGUAGUUUAAUUCAAUGAUACACGGCAGCUUCAUGUUAUAUCCAGCUUUUUCCACGUAGAAAAACCAUACAUGCACAUAAGCACUGUUAGUGCAUGGUGCAGAACUCUUGAUUCAAACAAUGUGAGUAUACAUGAAGCACUAUCAUGUAUAUCCAUUUCAGAUUGUAUUCAUUGUUUUUGUGCUGAUCAUGAAUUAAAUGGCAGUAAGUUACAUUGAUUCUUGUUUUACAGGAAUUGCAAUAAGACACAUAUCCUAUUGAAAUGUUCAUUAGGUACCUAUUUUAAAAUACAGCACUAAAAUAAGACCCUUAAAAGUGAACCAAAAAAUAAAGUAUAUAAAAAAAAAAAAAAAGACCA